AUGUGUGAUGAAAGGGAGCAGAGGAAACAGAGUGAGGAGCAGCUGUCCCAACAGGAAGACUCUGAGAAGGAGCACAGAGGAAAACUAGUCAGAGACAUAUUGAUAGAGUCCCAUGGCAAAGCCCUGACCAAGCUGGAUGAAGACUGCAGACAGCAAAUGGCCUUAAAACUGGCUGCUACUCUGGAAGAGCAGAGAACCCAGAGUGCAUUGCACCUGAGGGAGCAGAUGGACAAGUCUCGCAGGGAGGUGGAGCUAGAGCUGACAGUUGACCGGGAGAAGAACCAACUGCUGCUUCUGCAAUACCAACGAGACAGCGCGCAGCUACAGCAGAAGCUGGAGGAGAAGGAGCAGAAGCUGCGAGGACUGACAGAGGAGCUGCAGCAGGAGAGGAGAAGCAGGGAGGCGGAGAAGAUGACACAUGAUGAGCAGAGGAGGAGAGAAGAGGAGAUACACCAGGAGCUGAAGCGCACCCAACAGCAGGAGUCACUACAACUGAGCCAAGCUAAAGCUGAGCUACAAGAACUAAAAGAAGAGGUGGCGUUACUUGAGGAGACAGUAAGGAGGGAGUUUGGGGAGAGGGAGGAGCUGACUGCUGCUCUGUCUAAAGUUCAAGAGGAGCUCCUUGGACUGUGCUCCCCAGUGUCUCAUCAGGGCUCCUGCAGGUCUCCUCCAAACCCCAUGGAGAGACACACAUCGCCAGGGAACAAGCAUUUCCAUCUCCAUAGUCAAGACCAGGUACCUCUUACUCGCUCUUCAACCUUCCCAAACACACUCCGAUCCUCCCCUGCCUGCACAGACAAAGACAAAGGCCGGAGCACAGACGGAGGAGGAGCAAGGAGGAGUUUGGAGUCCUGGAAUCGUGGUGGGGUGUCAGGUGGAGAAAAAUGGCGAGAGGGGACACUGCCCAGACUGAGAGCGAACAGCACAGUGAGCGAAGUCACGUGUAAGGUCAGUUUAGUGAUGGGGAGGAAGGAGAGACUGUAA